AUGCUUGCAGAGGAGGGUGAGCUCAGCCAACAAGAUAACAUCACCCAACAAGAAGGAGCAGUACUGGAUGAAAUGAUUUGGAGCCUUGACUCCCACAAUACCAGCCCCUGGCCCCCUGAAGAAGGUGGUGAUGAAUAUUCUCCAUUAGACAUUGAUCCAGGACUUCUUAGCUUUGGAUCACAGGCACUAGAUGAAGAGGAAGAAGAAGAGUUGAGACUGCGAUAUAUGGCAUUGCAGUCUGUCCUCCGUACCCAAAAUGAGGAUUCUAAGAAUCUGCAGAAAGAAAAACUGCAACAUGAUCAAACUUUGCAUCCUAAUAGUUUUGAUAAGGUCAAUACAUCAUCCCAAAAUUCUCCCUGGUUACCAAGUGCUUCAAGGCUGUUGGAAGAUGAUGUGAGAGAUGCAAAGGUUGUGGAAGAAGUGUUCAAAGAGCCCAUGUUUGGGGACUUGGGAGAUCCAAAGGCUAAUGCAGGUGAUAUGAGUGCUGCUUCAUCAAAUGUUUCUGAUUUGGGAAGUAAUACAGAGCCAAUCCCAAUGGAUUUGGGAUCCAGUGAUGAUGAUAAAGACAAUGUUGUUGAUGGGGGAAAAGAGGAGAGUGACCUUGAAGAGGAUGAGGAACUUCUUCGAGCUCGGCUCCUGUGCGAAGUGGCCAAAAAGUGGCAAUCAUCUGCAUCAGAACAAGCAAAACCUGUAUCUGUGAAACCUAAGAAGCAAAACACACCAUCCUUUCCAAAUAAGAUGAAUUUCAGCAUCACUGUUAAGAAUGACCAGUUAAAGGCACAAAAGCUAGUGCUUCAACAGAGAAAGAUGGAAAGAAUCAUCAUCAACCUAGCUGAUGACUCUGACAGCAGUGAAGGUGAGGAAGAUAAUCAAGAAUCUCUCUUCCCACAUGACAGUAACCCUCCUGCUAAUGAAGAAAGUGUGCCAUUUGUCAAAGAAGUCUUGUUUAAUGAUGAAACAAGUGUGCCAUGUAAAAGACCAAAGGAUGGGAAGUCAGAGGAGAUGGCCAUUGCAUCUAUUAAGUCCUUGAUUGAAAAGGCAAAAGAAGAGAGCAGCAAAAAAACAACAGUGUUGCCAGAAAAAGGAGAAAAAAGCUUAUCAUCACUUGGUCCUAAAACCAUAAUGUGUGACCUUGGGAAUGGGAAAGUGGUUUUGCGAGGAGGGAACACACAGAAGCAACGAGUGGUCAGUCCUCUUCAAAAACAUCAGAAGCCAUCUCGUGUUUCUAACACUCCUGAAGCCAUCCAGGUCCUCCCUCCAGCUCAAGUUAAAGAGUAUCGACGACUGAAAAUGGAAAUACUGAAACGAGAACAGGAACGGAAGAAGAUGACUACACAAAAUACCUCUGUUGCAAGUGCUGUGUCUGGUGACUCGACAAAUCCAGAUAGCACGAAGACCAUGACAAAGAGCAAUGACAGCGACAGUGCCACAGAGGAAAGGAAGCUGAGGGAUCAACUGUUGGAAAUGAAGAGGAGGAUGCUGGAAAGACAGGCAGGGCAAGCAAGAACACCAUCACCUGAUGCUGCCCACAUCCUAGGUAAGAGUCAGAAGGACAUUAGCAAGCCAGCAAGUGAUUCUGAAGUGAAGGAAGUGUCAACCACUCAAGUGAAGCCAGGGAUCUCGAGAAAAAUUGUGUUGAAAAGAACGUCAUCAACUGAAUUGCCUAAAUGUCAAGUGAAGGAGCCUCAUAUGGUUGCAAGUCCAGGUUUGUUGUCUUCAGUUAGACUUAUCAAUUCCUCAAAACCUGGUCCAUUGGGCAGUGGAAAACUAGCUGAAGUUACUGCUCGUGGCAAUCCUGUUUUGAAGAAUGAGUCAUUAGGUAAUUCCGAAGCAAAUAUGAAGAAUUUGGUUGAAAGUGAGACUCGUCUGCAAGCAAUCAGGAACCUCUAUGAAUUGGAGCGCAAGAGCAUGCGGAGAGUGUUGGAUGAUGCAGAAGCUGAACAACAGUCAUUGAAGCAGUUGGAGCAGGAAGCUGAAUCUCUAAAAAAGCAAUUGUUGGAGAUGAAUGGGCGUUUGGUGACCAAGAGAAAGCAUUUGGAUACCAUCAGUAUUAAAAUGAAGCACAAGCAGAUGCAGCUGAGAGCCAGUCAGCAGCAGAUCCGUGUGCUGGGCAAGAUAUGCCUUCGUCUUGGGCAAAAAAUGAUUGGACCUCGCUAUCGAGUCCCAGCACUAAAGUCAGCAGUAACUGCAGAAGCACAAGCUCAAUCUAUCGUCAAUCCAGCUGGGAAUAAGUCUGUGAAGAAAGUGCCUGUUGUGAUAGCUGAAACAAGUGGGCAAGAAGUAAAUCAAGCCACCUCACAGGAUGGUAGGCAACUGGAUCAGCAUCGUCUAGACAAAUUUCCGGAAUUGGGCUGUGAUGCAAGAGGUGACCAGCCUACUCAGUAUGCUCAUGGUGAGAAUGCAAAAGGUGGACUUGGGUCUCAAGAUGCUUCCAUUUCUCUAUGCCCACAAACUUCGAGCAAGAUAGGCCUAUGUGUUGAAAGCUGUGAUGCUCCAAAAAACAAUGAGAAGCAAUCCUCUCUAGUUGUGCUAGAGGUUGAGGCAAAACAGGAGUCCAGUGAUCAAUCUAAUCAAAAUUACUCCCAGAAUGAGACAACUCUUUAUAGUUCAGUGAUAGCACAAAGUGACAGUAAGUCAGUGCAAUAUAUUCAUAUACCUCUGGUCACUUCAGGUCAUGAACCAUACUCAUCACCAAUUCCUGGCCAAAAGUAUCUCUGGUGA